UCACUCCCAUUCCAUAUCCGUCAGCAGCCAACAAGAACUCCACGUUGGUAACCCCAUCAUAAUUAAGCUCAAUCCUUUUUUCUCUUCUAGCUUCGAGCUAAGCGCAUGGAGCUGGAGAUCUUUGGCUAGCUUGAUCUUCGCGCUGCGGCGAGAGUAUCGGCAGGAGUAGGCAGGCACGUACGCGUGCUUCGAUCGCUCUGGUCUGGUGUCGUUGGCAACGAUCUUGAUCGAUCGAUUAGCUAGCUCCUCGUUCUUCAGUUGCGGAUCGAGAGGAUGGUGCUGGCGAGCACGCCCAAGGUGGUGCUGGGAUGCGUGGCCUUCUCCAUCUUCUGGGUCCUGGCCGUCUUCCCAUCGGUACCCUUCCUGCCGGUGGGGCGUACAGCCGGGUCGCUGCUAGGCGCCAUGCUGAUGGUCCUCUUCCGCGUGAUGACCCCGGAGGAAGCCUACGCGGCCAUCGACCUCCCCAUCCUGGGCCUCCUCUUCGGCACCAUGGUGGUGAGCAUCUUCCUGGAGCGCGCCGACAUGUUCCAGUACCUGGGCAGCAUGCUCUCCUGGAAGAGCCGUGGCAGCAAGGACCUCCUGUUCCGAGUCUGCCUCGUGUCCGCCGUGGCCAGCGCGCUCUUCACCAACGACACCACCUGCGUCGUGCUCACGGAGUUCAUCCUCAAGGUGGCCCGGCAGAACAACCUGCCGCCGCAGCCCUUCCUCCUGGCGCUGGCCUCCAGCUCCAACAUCGGCUCCUCCGCCACCCCAAUCGGGAACCCGCAGAACCUCGUCAUCGCCGUCGAGAGCGGCAUCUCCUUCGGCGCCUUCCUCUUCGGCAUCUUCCCGGCCAUGAUCCUCGGCGUCAUCACCAACACCUGCAUCCUGCUCUGCUACUUCUGGAAGUACCUCUCCGUCGACAAGGAGAAAGACCAGGAGGCCCCUGCCGCGGCAGCAGCCGGGGCAGAGGUGGUCACCGUUGAUGACGAGGUCACGGCCUCGCACCGCUUCACGCCGGCCAGAAUGUCGCACGCCUCGUCCUUCAACGCCGACGUUGGAGACUGCAUCGGAGAGCCGAUGCGGAGGAGCGACAGCAUGAGCAGGGCCGGCAAUGGCGACGCCAUGGCCAUGGCCAUGCGCAGCAGGAGCUAUAACUCGUCCGAGGGCGACAUCCAGGUGGCCAUCAGGUCGCUGCGCGCGUCCAGCUUGUCGCAGGAGAUGGUGGAGGUGUCCACGGUCUGCGACGGACGGCGCGACGAAGGGCCCCGAAAGAUCACCAGGACGACGAGCCACCAGAGGAGCGUCAUCAUCGAGGACGCGCCAGAGCUGGAGCUCGCCGACAGCGACAAGGAGAAGCCGGAAGAGGCGGCCAGGCAGCAGAAGAGCUGGAAGGUGCUCGUGUGGAAGGCGGCCGUCUACCUCACCACGCUCGGGAUGCUAAUCUCCCUCCUCAUGGGGCUCAACAUGUCCUGGACUGCCAUCACCGCCGCUCUCGUGCUCCUCGCGCUUGAUUUCACCGACGCGCAAGCUUGCCUCGAGAAGGUAUCCUACUCGUUGCUCAUCUUCUUCUGCGGGAUGUUCAUAACGGUGGAUGGCUUCAACAGAACUGGCAUCCCAAACGCGCUCUGGGAGCUGGUGGAACCGCACGCGAGGAUCGAUAGCGCCAAAGGAAUUGCCCUUCUUGCAGUUGUGAUUCUUGUUCUUUCAAAUGUUGCCUCCAAUGUUCCAACAGUGCUACUUCUGGGCACAAGAGUGGCAGCAUCAGCUGGUGCAAUCUCUCCUGCUUCAGAGAAGAAAGCUUGGCUCAUCCUGGCCUGGGUCAGCACGGUGGCUGGCAACCUCACGCUGCUGGGAUCGGCGGCGAACCUGAUCGUCUGCGAGCAGGCGCGGCGGGCGCAGUUCCACGGGUACAACCUCACCUUCUGGAGCCACCUCCGCUUUGGCGUGCCGUCGACGAUCAUCGUCACCGCCAUCGGCCUGCUCAUCGUCGUUAGCUACUGAACGGAAUCUGGAGGAAGUACUCCUGUCCGACGUAGCAGUAUAGCAGUGUGCUUCCUCCACAAGGAAGGAAGCGACUGUGCAACUGGGGAAUUUACCCUGGGAAGGGAGAUGAUAUUUGUAACUUUGUGUUUCGUUGUAAUUUUGUCUUUUAUACGUUCAUGUAAUCUUUGCGCCAACAAGGAGUCGUGAGGCGUCCUCGCCCAUCUGCUAAAGCAAAUAAUGGGCAUGUAUGUAAGAUCACCCGGUCCACGAAAGUAGUCGGCGUUCGUCCAUGUUCUAAGAUGGUAAUGUUAUUUCAACACUAUAUAUGGUGUUUGCAGAUGCCAAAACAAAGUCGUUAAGACAGAUGAUUUGGAAACAAAAA